AUCAACUGCUGUCGUACGCACAGGUGGCAUUGGCCAUGGGAAAUGACACCUCACCUGCACACCUCAACCAAUCAAUGCUUCUGUACCCCGUGACGUUGCUGUAAACUACGCAUUCUUCUUACAGGGCAUUUUUCUUCCUUCUUAUUCAAGUCCCGACUGUUGAGGGGUGGAAGUGCUCUCGGGCAACAGAAAGUGACGUUAUAGAUUUGUCCUUAGUUUGUUAGUCUGUUCUCGCUACAAGCUGACAAUGAGCUCGGAGAAGGCCGCAUACGCAGGCGAGGUUACCGGCCGGACCCGCCGAGACCGAGCCGCGGCCCGACCGGUGACGGUGGCCGUGGCGGUGGGGGCGUGGGUGCUGGUGGUGGCGGCCCUCGUCUUCCUCGCUCACGAGGUCAAAUAUGUGCGAGAGAAGUCCUCGCAAGAAGUGUCUCACUGCUACCAAGAAGUGCCUCAACUGAAAGAUCAGAUCCUGGCGCUGAAGGAUCGUACCUUGGCUAUGGAGAUUAAGCAAGACGCCGCUAUUGGGUACAAGGAGGAAGCGUCCUCGCACAAGGAGGAAAUGACGGCCCUGAAAAUCCACCUGUCGUCCCUGCAGACUCAACUAGACAGCGAACGUACGGAGUUACAGAAGGAGAAAGCUGACGGGGCGUCUCUGAGGGAGAGACUGGCUGUGCUGGAAACAAAGUUCCAACUCGGGCAUGCUGAGGAACACAACUUUCGAGAGGGCGGGAAGCCGAACCAAGCUGACGAUGUCCCUGAACACAACGCCACCUUGCGGAGGUACAGGCGAUCCCCCAACUCUGUCACACCUUACGGUCCCUUCCGAGGUGCUGAAGGACCGGCCGGACGAGACGGGCGGGACGGCCGUGAUGGUGUUCCCGGGCCGCCCGGGCCUCCGUGCGGGUGUGGGGAGCCGUCUUGCAAACAGGGUCCUCCUGGACAAGAGGGCCCGCCUGGACCACCUGGAGUAAAUGGAUCAUGCACAGACUACGUCAACUACCGUGAUGUACUGGCACAGAGCAUCUGUACAGCGGUCACCGACCGAGGAGCAUACAUCUUCGCCAUCCGUCGGGAUUGUAGUCGUAACGGGGACGGUCAGACGUGCAACGACAUAUGCACCUCCCAGGAAGAUGUCUUCAAGCAGGGAAGCACCUCAGAGUGCUUUGAUGCCAUACAUGUGUACGGAGGUCGGCCUGUCCUUUCAUCCGACCACAACACUGACGCUGGAAAAGUUGGCCCUGCCGCAUAUCGCUAUCAUGGUGGCUGUGCCCAUCCCAGCUGCGGACCAAACUACUGUUGCUGUCGCGUUCGCUAGCUCUAGCAUCUUACCAAGAUUAGAGAUUGUCAAGUGAAUAUAUAUCAAACAGCACGUCUAACCAAUAUCCGAUUCAAAUCCAGAUCUAUUAAAUUCUUAGGUUAUGUUCUUUUGUUUCCGAAAAUAAUACAAGGCACUUUCAGACAUGUUUCCUUUGCUGUAUUAUAAUAUCCAUCAAUUAACAAUUUAUCACUUGAGCCGGGAAGAAUCUUUCUAUGUAUUUCUCAAGUUACUAGUAUUUUGUAUUUGCUUCUACGUGACUUUGUCUGUUCGACAUGCUGUACAAUAAACAAUAGAGAAUUUCUGUAUGUCCAUAUUGUCUCUGUGAUGUUUGUGCAAAUUCGGUGUGCUGCUCAAUAAACAAUCUAAACACUAA